AUGGCGACGGUCACUGCACCAGACGAGCAGCCCCCAGCACUCUCGCUCGCAACAACCACGACCAACAGCCACAGCAGCCAAUCGAUCACCGAGCCUGCCCUGCCCAUCACCCCGGAAGCACUGCUCAAGCAUGUCCGGCAGAUGAGAAUCGCAGCCAGCAGCAGGAGAACCGAGCCAACAACCACCAUCCACAGUCGAGCGGGAAGCAAUGCGAGCUCAAACUACAACGACGAACUCAGCACGCUCUGUCUCAGCUCAUCCACCAUCUCAACAUGCUCAAACGACGGCCACUCCAACCCAGCAAACGACACCCGACACCCGACACCCAGCUCGCUCACCCUCACCAUCCCCGAGCCACGCCCAGCAGCACUCGCCGAGCCGAGCAGGACGGUGGCCGAGACCCUCGACCUCUCCCACCAGCGGAUCGCCGACCUCACCCAGCCCGUCGUCGAAGAGCUGGCCGAAUACGUCGAGCGGCUCGCACUGGGCUACAACUAUCUGCCCAUCCUCCCCGACCACUUCGCCAUCCUGGGAGAAUCUCUGCGCUACCUCAACCUGCGCGGAAACCACAUGGAAAUCUUCCCCGAAGUGCUCACUCGGAUGCCCUCCUUGGAAAUAUUGGACGUCAGUCGCAACAAGAUCAAGGCUUUCCCCCGGAGACCUGGCAGCUUGGAUCGGCUCAGGGUUCUUUCAGUCUCGCGCAAUCGAAUCAAGCGUCUGCCGAACUAUGUUGCCAAUCUCACAACGCUCAGGGUGUUGAAGAUCGACCAUAACCCAGUGAUCUGGCCGCCCAAAGAGCUCGUCAGCUUCGUCGAUGCGUGCGAACGAGCGGACGAGGAUGAGGCCGAUCCGAGCCAGCGGGCCCGGGACGACCGAUCAGCUCACGUCAGAACACGAACGCCUUCCAGCGAAACCAGCGCCUCUAUGACCCAGUGGCUACGGACCUUACAGGACUGGAUGCGCAAGAAUCCCUACGUCCGGCCGGUUAAGCAAACCAGACCCUCAACCUCAGAAACCCUGGGAGACCCUUCUGAGUUUGGGGCACUACGAUCAACUCUUGACUUUGAACGAAGUUUCCACAACUUCAAAGGCGCCCAGUCGCCCGACAUCUCGCCGGUGAUGACCUUGAGUAGUGGAGGACCGGGGACGUCGCCGGUGACGAACCCGGUCCAACAAAGUUCGCGCUCAACAAAGGCGUACGACCACAUGGUCCAACACAACCGGAAUGCGUCGUCGAGUUCGAGCACCCAAUGGGUGCGAAAGCGGCCGGAGCUCCGGCUGAAGAAGUCGCUGCCGGACCUGCGCCGGAACCACGCCGAAAUCAUGGUCGAACGGAGUGCGGAUGUGGAGCGGGCAUACUUCGGGCUCAACCGCUCAGCCCACAUGCUCCCGUCGCAACCGAACUCGGGCUCCUCGGUGACCUUCUCGCUGAACUCGCCCGGCCUGGUCGACCGGGGGCCGCGCUCGGCGAUGGCCCUCUCCAGCGGAACCUCGACCCCCGGCCUGACAACCAACAACAACAACAACCCGCCGCCGUCGAGCUCGCAAGUCAGCUUCAAUCACUCCGACUUGGUCAGCGGCCGCUCUGGGGGCGGCUCUCAGAUCCGGAGGAUCAAGAUCGGCGCCUCGGCCGACGAAGACUCGCUGUCAGGUGACCGGAACAGCGGCGCAUACUUCCGCCGGCUUUCGAUGCUCCCGGCCUCGACGAUCUCCAAGCAGGUGCCCACCCCGCUCCUGCAACUCAUCGACGGCAUCCGGGGGAUCCUCUUCAGCCUCUCCCAGAUCUAUGCCGCCCUCAAACAGUUUGUGAUGUUUGCGACCCAGGACCGGCUGCCGGGGGCGCUGUCGCGGAUGACGAGUGCGGCCGACGACUCGAUGGGCAAGCUGAUCAACGCGCUCGACCGCUUCGACUCCUCCACCAGGCGGGCCCAGCCCGAGCUCGAGGUCGUCCAACAGGUCUUCAAGUCGUGCCGCGACAACGUCAUCGUCUUCGGCAAGCUCGUCAACGUGCUCAGCAUCCAGCUCAAAGUGCUCACGGCCUCCGCCGACGUCCGAUACUCUCGCACGCUCCUCUUGAGCUUGUACGGCGCCACCGCCGAAAUCGCCAUGUCCUGGCAGACCAUCACCCCCCUCGUCGACGAUGUGAUCAGUCUGCCCAGCCUGCGCAAAUCAAAGCCUCCGCCUCCGCCGCCCCCUCUACACGAAUCCAAUGAAGAGAGCUCGCCAUCCAGCGACUUCCAAAAAGCCUCUUCUGCAUCCGAGCUUCGCCGGAAGAUAUCCCGGGAUACGAUGAUGGAGCCAGACCAGCAUGAGUCUAGCACCUCCAAGACGAUCCUCAACUGCUCCUCCUCCUCAGCCGCCCCGACGCCGACCAACCACAUCUUGCCCAGCGCGACCGGCCAAACCAGCACCAAGGGCCGCCGCCAUGCGGGCUCGUUUAUCGCCGAGGACGUCCAGCUGGGCGCAUACAUCUCCGCCGGCCCGCCCCCGCUGCCCAUGCCCUCCUACGCCUCCUUCCCGCCCUCGCCCUCACCCCCCAACGACGCCUUUGGAGCAAAGAGCAACUCCGCCUUCUCCGACGAGCCCCGCCGGAUGCAACGCGCACAGAUCGACCCCCUCGCUCUCGGCCCGCCGUCCCUCGAUCCCUCCUCCAAGGACGUCUUAUAUCCCUCCCUCCACUCGCCCAGCCUUCCACGGAGCCCCGCGCUCACCUCCAUCGCCAGUCUUUCCUCCUCCGGCCCCUCCCCAUUCGUCUCCGACCCCACCACCACCACCUCUUCUUCUUCUUCCCUCCUCGACAACGACCUCCCUCGUCCUCUGCCACCAACAGCGAAAUCCACGCCGACCUCGAUCGUCGAUAUCCCCGAGCGAACGACCUCGAGACUCCAUCAUCCCCGCUUCGACGGCUCCCUCUCGCGCACCGACCAAGAUUUUCUGGACAUGACCGAGGCUACUAUCGAUAUCGCGCUCUCAGUCACCAGUCUCAUGCUCGAAACCCUCCGCCAAUCGUCCCUCACCUCUGCCGACACCCUCGACCCUUCCUCUUCUAAAUCUGAAGCGGGUCCUUCGUCGACGUCGACCGCAUCGGUCUCCGGGAGGAAAGAGCGGAAAAAUACAUCGGCUGGCGUCGCCCUGUCUAAGCCUGCUGAGCUCAAGGAGCUCUGCGAGGCCGAGAUCGAGGUCAUUCGUAGACUUCGGGCUAGUCUGGCCGCCUUCUGGGCCGCCCGCGCCGCCGCCGCAUCCUCCUCCGCCCCCGCGCUACGCCCCCACCAUCAUCCGCACGACCCGCACAACCAGCCAUCCAAAGACGCCACGUCCAUCGCCUCGUCGUCCUCCUCUUCCCUUGCAUCCUUCGCGUCCUCCUCGUCGUCGUCUAAUUGCUCGACGGCAAGCGCUUUCGGGUCCUCUGUUACUGCUACUUCGCCGGACUUUGGGGGGUCGAACUCGUCGCUUGGCCACCACCACCACCAACACCAUCAUCCUCACCAGCAACAGUACAACCAACAGUACCAGCAGCAGCAGCACUACCAACAACACCACCCGCAGCAGCAGCAGCUUUACCACCACCAGCAGCAGUAUCAACAGCAGUACCAAGGCGGAGACAGCGGCCUAGCCGCCGGCUCCCUCGAGUCGCGCAAAGUCUUCGACGACGCCACCGCCUUCGUCCGUGCGGUCAUCCAGACCGCCAAUCUGGCGAGGUCGACUAUGCUCGAGUACCCGCUGUCGAAAUCCAUCCGCGAAGGCCUCGGCGAACUGACUAAGGCGACCAAGGAACUCGCCACCCUGCUUGCGGUCAGUUCGUUUAAGCCUGGCACAACAGCGUCCAGCUCGAGCUCGUCUGUCAACAUCUCUAGUGGGUUCCAUGGGCUCGGCACGGGCACCCCGACGGUCGCCGCGUUCCCGGCGCCCAAUCCGGCGCAUGAGCCCGCUGGCAAUCCUGGGCCUUCCGGAAACACUGGCACUGGGGCGGCCGGGUCGGCUUCGCUUGACGCUUACCAAUUCCAUUGA